AUGGCGGUCGAAGGAGCGGAGCAGAUGAUCCAUCGUGAUCCUGCUCUUUUCUAUUGGAUCUUGCUCCCCAUCACCAUUGUGAUGAUAUUAACUGGAGUUCUUCGACAUUACGCCACGGUUCUACUGCAUACUCCGCCAAAACCUCCGAACAGCCUUCCCGAGUCUCGUGAACGCCAAGCGCUCCUCCGUGGGAUCAACCUGCGAAAUAACGCUGCAGCAGCGGUGACAACACCUUCAUUCAACCGCCGGAAAGAAUACCUUGUCGACGGCUACCACAAGGGCACGUUUUUGAAAGGUGGACCAGAUUCCAAGGAUCAAGGUGCAGCGAACCCAAUGUCUGAUCCUGCGGCCAUGGAGGGCAUGAUGGGAAUGAUGAAAGGAAACAUGGCCAUGAUGAUUCCCCAGACACUGAUCAUGUCCUGGAUCAACGCCUUCUUCGCCGGCUUUGUCAUUCUCAAGUUGCCCUUUCCGCUCACCAUUCGGUUCAAAUCUAUGCUGCAGUCAGGCGUCAUGACCCGAGACCUGGAUGUCAGAUGGGUGUCCAGCUUGUCGUGGUACUUUUUGUGCCUUUUCGGCCUUCAAAGCGUCUUCAUCUUUAUUCUCGGCAAUGAGAACGCAGCCAGUCAGAUGGCGCAGCAGAUGGCGCAGAUGAACCCCGGUGCAAAUGCCAAUCCAUUUGGUCCGGGUCAGGAGCCUCAUAAGAUGUUUCAGGCGGAGGCGGAGAAUCUGGAGGUUCUGGAUCAUUGGAGCAUUCUUGAUGGGGUGGAGGAUCGACUGCUGCGAAUCUAUGGCAGUUAG